AUGGACAUGCUUAAGGAUUCCUCUGCUUCCAGCCCUCUUGCCUUGGAUGCUAAGGGUCAGUUGCCAGUUACCAAGAGUGCCCGGAUACUGAAGAUUCACUUCCUUCCUGAGAGAUUGGUCUUUGCCAAAUUCUAUGCGGAACAAACCCUAGACUUCAGCCUCAUGGAUGUGGUUGGUGAAAACGAGGCUCUGCAGCAGUUCUUCGAAGCCCAGGGAGCCAAUGGCAGUCUGGGGAACGCAGCCCUGGAUACAAGUCUGCUGGAGGAAUUCCUGGGCAGUGAUUUCGAUCUGGGGGCCUUGCAACGCCAAUUCCCAGACACCCCACCCUACUCUGCGUCGGACUCCUGCUCUCCUCCCCAAGACCCAGCUGCUUGCUGCACGACUCUGAGGCCCAGUGGUGCACCUGGACCCUACUUUGCACACCCGCCCCAGACCUCCUCGGCUCCACCAACCAGCCACUGUGGCCCCCCACACAGCGGCUUUUCCAACUGCUACCCCAACACCAGUCAUGCGGCCUCCUCUCUGGACCUUUCCAACGCCUCCCAUCUGGGGACAGACUACACAUACCACCCACAGCCUCUGUGCUACAACUCUGGAACCUCAGUACCAUCAACCAAGAAGCGAAAGUACACAGAUGCACAGGAAGAUGCCAGGGACUCUGGUGCAUGGGCCCACUCUGGACCAAUUAACUUUGGCCUGAGGCAUCAAGAUCUUCUUGUUGGGCUCCCAGUGAAGCAUGGUUUGACAUGUAGAAGUCAUCCCUGUGAAGUACAAGAGCAUGACAAUGAGGCCCCCCAUGUGAACCCUGCGGACCCGACCUCUCCUGCACUGAAGUGGCAGCCAUACCAAAGUGUUCCUUGGCACAGUUUAUUAAAUGGUCAUUAUGAAAAACUACCUGAUCUAGGCUACCAAGUUGUCACAGAUAAAGGAUUUAAUUUUUCACCAGCAGAUGAAGCUUUUGUUUGCCAAAAAAAGAACCAUUUUCAAUUAACCAUCCAGAUUCAAGUUUGGGGAAGUCCAAAAUAUGUUGAAACCCAAAUGGGUCUCAAGCCAAUAGAAAUGUUUUACUUGAAAGCUUUUGGGGUUAAGGUAGAAGCCACCAAUCAAAUAAUUACUAUUGAACAGUCCCAAGCAGAUCGAAGCAAAAAGAUUUUCAAUCCUGUUAAAAUCGACCUGCUAGCUGACCAGGUAACUAAAGUAACCCUGGGCCGAUUGCACUUCAGUGAAACCACAGCGAAUAACAUGAGGAAAAAGGGAAAACCAAAUCCUGAUCAGAGAUAUUUUAUGUUGGUGGUUGGACUGUAUGCUGCUAACCAAGACCAGUUCUAUUUGUUAUCAGCCCACAUCUCGGAAAGGAUCAUUGUGAGGGCCUCUAACCCUGGGCAAUUUGAAAAUGACAGCGAUGCAUUAUGGCAGCGAGGACAAGUUCCAGAAUCUGUUGUCUGUCACAGUCGAGUGGGAAUAAACACAGAUGCCCCGGAUGAAGCCUUGGUCGUCUGUGGCAACGCAAAAGUGAUGGGGACAAUCAUGCAUCCCUCUGACAGCAGGGCAAAGCAGAAUAUCCAAGAGGUUGACACGAAUGAACAGCUGAGAAGAAUAGCUCAAAUGAGGAUUGUCGAAUAUGACUACAAGCCUGAAUUUGCCUCUGCGAUGGGAAUCAAUACUGCUCAUCAAACUGGAAUGAUUGCCCAGGAAGUGCAAGAGAUCCUACCCAGAGCUGUGAGAGAGGUUGGCCAUGUCACCUGUGAAAAUGGAGAGACAUUGGAGAACUUCCUCAUGGUAGAUAAGGACCAGAUCUUUAUGGAAAAUGUAGGGGCAGUUAAGCAGCUCUGCAAGCUGACCAACAACCUUGAAGAAAGAAUAGAAGAGUUAGAAAUCUGGAACCAGAAGCUGGCCAGGCUAAAAAGGCUCAGUAGCUGGAAGUCAUCAGUCAGCCAGGCGAGCUCCAUCAGCAAAUCUGUUAGCAGAACUUUUAGUACAUCUUCUCCAAGAAAGGUCAUUUCUCCCAAAAAUAACAAGGUUUAUUUUUCAGGAAAAAAACAGUUGUGUCCUAACUGGGUUUUCCAGACUUCGGUUAUAACUCUAAUUGCUGUGAUGGCAUUUUGUGCCUUGACGAUUGUCUCACUUUACAUACUUAGUUUAAAAGAUCAAGAACAACGAAUCCCACAUCUCCCUUCCAGCAAUAUCACAAGCUCUCAGAAGCCAACUCUCCUCCCCACAGCCUCUCCCUCAGCACCUCAGACAUCUCUGGCCACCACUCAGCCCUUCCAAGUGCCAGAAAUCACUUUCUGUGAAGUCCUGCCCUGUCAAGAGACUUACUGUUGCCCUAUUUGGGAACCAGGAAGAAGCCUCUCAAGUUCUGAGCAAAGACAAUUGAAGAAGAAGGAAAGCCAUCAGAAACCAUGGGCUGAAGAGAGAAACACAUCAUUCCUGGCAAGAGAUGUGCUCACCAGUCCUGAAUGGGGGAGUGACUGGAUUGAUACAACCAUCAGUUCUAUUCAGAUAAUGGAAAUCCAGCAGAUAAUAGAUGGCCGGUAUUGCAGUAGAAGUCUCCAGUGUGGGUCUGGACAUUACAAUUAUAAUAUUCCUGUUAAUAAGCACACACCCACCAAUGUCAAAUUCUCUCUGGAAAUCAACACAACAGAACCAUUGAUAGUCUUCCAGUGCAAAUUCACCCGUGGAAAUAUAUGCUUCCAUAGUAAAAGGGAAGCCAAUGGGAUGCAAAGCCAGCAAGAAAUUCCCCAGAUGAUGACACAGGGGUAUCAACACAUCUGGAACCUUGCUGUCGCUCCUUUCUUUGAUAGUGCCUACCACUUCCGUGUCGCUGCACCGGAUUUAGCUGACUGUUCAACGGAUCCGUAUUUUGCUGGGAUAUUCUUUACAGAUUACUUCUUUUACUUCUAUCGACGCUGUACCUAA